AUGCGUGAUAUGAACAAGUUUGUAUUGGAUAACAUGGUCAACAUGAGGGGUUUUAUAGAUUCAUUGGCUCAGGUACCAGCGAAUUGUCCGGCGGGUGAACUCCUCAAUCCAAUCUCUCUAGAAAAGGAACUGGCUUGUCUUCACCGUCAACUGAUAAAGCAAAAGGACGACAUGUGGCAAGAGGUAAACGAAAGAAAUAUCAAAGAACAAAUCGAAACGAUGAACCAACUUGAAAUUAUAUUAGCAAAACUAGAAAUGGAAGUUAUUACAGCUUCUUCAUUUUGUUCGCAUUUGAUAAUUGAAGCCACUUUUGAAACAAAAGGAUCAUAG